AGCAGGACCCGGCAAGGUCAGAUUGCGAGGUGGCAGCCACAUAAAGGGGGAUGUGGAGGGAGCCCCAGCAGCUGCCCCACCAUGACCUCCUGGGCCCUCCUGCUCCUUGCCUCGGCGCUCCUGGCCACCCCGGGUCUGACCUUUUCUGGUCUGACCCCUGAGGACCAUGACCUGGACAUGGCUGACAAGUGUCUGAAUGACCCAUUCUACCAGAUGCUGGCCCAGGAGAUCCCCCAGCAUAAUGCGUCUUUAAACCUAUGUGAUAUCUGUCGUCUGAUACUUAAUUGGCUGAAGAACUGCGUGGGACAGCAUCGGAUUCAGAUGACCAUUGAGAAGGUGGCGAAACUGGUGUGCUCACAGUUUCCGAUGGUGGAAGAUCUCUGCAAGGAAACCAUCAUCAGAUUUGUAAGAGACAUCACCCAGAGUAUCCUCAAUGCUCCACCCCACCAGGAUAUCUGUGUGACAUUGCGGCUGUGCAAGUGUCAAGCGGGUCUCUGAGCCCCUGGGGCAUCUGACCCCACCCUGGGAGAAGCACAGAUUCUCCAUGAACCACCACCUGCUUCUGCCCUCCCCAAUCCAGAGCCGACCCUCCAGUCUGUCUCACCUAACUUCUCAGUGCCUUCCCUGCAGGAGAAUAAAUGUCAUGAAGCUUUUAGCCACAA